ACCGCUUUUAUCCUAUAUUUGCACGCACCUAACCCUUUCGCUCGAUACAACCAAAGAACCUGAUGUCCAAGAAAUAUUACCUCUCCCAUGGGCUUUCGAAAUUGACAAAUCAUUGGGCUGGGAGUUUCUCCAUGAGUUUACGAUUUUUUUACAGAAUUAUAUCACAAUCGGAUUGCAAAUUUCGAUCCUACUCGCAAUGGUGGCUAGGCAAACAAUGGUCUUGGAUUUAGGAGCUUUUUGUUGCACAAUGGUCCCAAUGUUUAUGAUCUGCAUACCGACAAAUGGCCUUGGAGGGAUUGGAUACUCUUUUUGGACAAAUGACCCAGCCUAUCAUCGUGUGGCUGCUAUGCAUCAAAUCAUCUUCGACAUUGGAUACAGAAAAUCAGUUUUAAAAGACGGAGCAAUAAACUUUAUAAUUCAAGAAUAUGAACGCUCUAUGAAAAAAUUAGGAUUUUUAUCAAUCGAUGCAGAGAUGCUUUGCUACGGUAUUCCUAUUCCGUGGUAUUGGCAAGUAUUGGAAAUGGUAGUUGAAAUACCUUUGAUCAUUUUCAUUUUCACAUAUCCAAUAGUCGAGAAAGGCUCAUCAUUGUCAUGGUUCAUGACAGGACUGUUUGUUCAGUAUGCUUCAUCGAAGUUGAGACAGAACAUUCAGAAGGUCAGAACAGCUCAGAAACCGCUGCACGAGGUGCUCGGUUUGGCGGAGCAAUUUUACAAGGGCCUCAGUUUCGAAAAACCACUGUUGGAAGGUGCUCGUGCAUAUCCUGAUAAGACACGUAGCUUUUCACUGGGUAUGAAGAUAUCUUUCAGGAAUAUCUCUCUAGCCCGACAAUCGAGCCUCCGUUCUCGCUCAGCUAUACGAGACGUGUCAUUCGAUGUAUUACCGGGACAAUUCGUUCUUCUUGUGGGCCAGAACGGUAGUGGAAAGACUUCUCUUCUUCAUUUAAUUUCUCGUCUGCUCGAUCCGAGCACUGGUGCUAUCCUGAUCGACGGAGUCCCCAUUCAAGACUUUAAUUUGCAAUCACUUCGUCAAUCGAUGGUUGUUCUUCUCCAGACAGAAGAAAUCUACCCUAUUUCCAUUCGUGAUAAUCUCUCCAUCUCACUCUCAGAAUCCGAUAAAGAACUAUGCAACUCGAAGCCGGAGAGCUUUGACCGAGCUGCGAAGAUGGGUGGCUCCUACAAUUUUAUCAAUGACCUCAAGGAAAAAUACGAGACUGUGUUGAACCCUGUAUCUCUUUUCACAACCAGCUCCGAUGUUUUUGGGAACGGAACAGUUCCUUUGGCUGCUGUGGAAGAGAUGCGACGUAACGCGCCGUGCAUGGCGCCCAUUCCCCUGUCAGGUGGUGAAAAACAAAGAUUAAUAGCAUCCCGGGCUUUCAUGAAGUUGAAUAAUCAUUCCGACGUCAGAUUGCUCAUUGUAGAUGAAGCUACUUCCGCUCUGGAUGCGAUAGCCGAACGCAACAUCCUGGGCAAAUUUCGAGAGCAUGGUGUCCACAAAACCACGAUAUUUGUGACCCACCAAUUCCGGUACCUCGCCCAUGAAGCCGAUCUGAUACUAUGCAUGCAUGAAGGCAGACUAGUGCAGAAAGGCACACACAACCAGUUGAUCUCGGAUACGGAGGGCGAAUACGCCAAGCUCUAUAAUGCUCAGGUGCGAUCUUGAAGGGUCUGGUUUGAAUUCUUUAUAGUUUAUCUAUCGGUGUAGUCGUGGUCUGCAUAUCCUAUCUGUCGUCUUAUUUAUUUGAGGAGAGCCGUACUAUUUCCGGUAUUAUUUAUGUACCUUUGUAGGUUUCGGUUUUGAAGCCACUAGCAUCUGAACUUCAAAAAAUUUAAUAGAGAACGAGACAUACGUCUGGGUGCACCUAUAUAUUUU